CCGGAGAAAGAGAAAGACAAACAAUUGUCUUCAUGUUUACCAACACAAAUUUUGCAAUAACAAAUUGUUAUCUACAACAAAUACAAAUACUUUAAAGCAUUCAAAUCCAACACCCGCAACUUCCACCGCUACUCCCCCUUUACUCGACCGCUUGAGUCCGCAGUCAGCUGCAAUUCUGCGAUAAGCUGCCUGCAAACGCCUCAAGCUGACUCCCACACCGACCAAAAUGUCAACGGAGCGGGAGCUGGCACCUGGUGGGCCAGCUCAGCUCCAUACGCAUACGCUGCCGUUGACAUUUCCCGAUCUCCAGCUGAGCUCUACCGUGGGCAUAAUUGGCAAAGUGUAUGAGUCACAGUGGACCCCCUCGCCCACGCGGCCUCAGAGUCCCUCUCAGGCGCAGACUAGCUUCGACACGCUCACAUCACCAUCAGCACCUGGGUCAUCUGUUAAUCCCACCGCUGUGACCAGUCCGAGUGCUCAGAAUGUUGCUGCCGGCGGUGCCACAGUGGGUGGUGCAGCUGCUGCGGCAGCUGCUCAAGUUGCCUCCGCAUUGGGUGGCACCACAACGACCAGUGUAUCGGCUGCCAUAGCCGCUACAGCAACUCCUCAACCGGAUAUGCCAGUUUUUACGUGCCCACGUCGUCCCAAUUUGGGACGCGAAGGACGGCCCAUUGUACUACGUGCCAAUCAUUUCCAGGUGACUAUGCCGCGUGGCUAUGUCCAUCAUUAUGAUAUCAAUAUCCAACCGGAUAAAUGUCCACGCAAAGUGAAUCGUGAGAUUAUUGAGACAAUGGUGCACGCAUAUAGCAAGAUAUUUGGUGUCCUUAAACCAGUAUUCGAUGGACGUAACAAUCUAUAUACACGUGAUCCGUUGCCCAUUGGUAAUGAGCGCCUGGAAUUGGAGGUUACUCUGCCCGGUGAGGGCAAAGAUCGUAUCUUCCGGGUGACCAUCAAGUGGCAAGCUCAAGUCUCACUCUUCAAUCUGGAAGAGGCUUUAGAGGGACGAACACGUCAAAUUCCGUAUGAUGCCAUUUUAGCUCUCGAUGUGGUUAUGCGUCAUUUGCCAAGCAUGACCUAUACACCAGUUGGUCGGAGUUUCUUUAGCUCACCCGAUGGCUAUUAUCAUCCCUUGGGUGGUGGUCGUGAGGUCUGGUUUGGUUUCCAUCAAAGUGUCAGGCCAUCGCAAUGGAAAAUGAUGCUCAAUAUAGAUGUUUCGGCUACGGCUUUCUAUAAGGCUCAACCCGUCAUUGAUUUCAUGUGCGAAGUCUUGGAUAUACGUGACAUAAACGAGCAACGUAAACCUCUGACCGAUUCGCAGCGUGUUAAAUUCACCAAGGAGAUCAAGGGACUCAAAAUUGAGAUUACUCAUUGUGGUUCAAUGCGACGCAAAUAUCGCGUUUGUAAUGUUACCCGUCGUCCAGCACAAAUGCAAUCCUUCCCACUGCAGCUCGAUAAUGGUCAGACUGUGGAAUGUACUGUGGCCAAAUAUUUCUUGGAUAAAUAUCGCAUGAAAUUACGUUAUCCACAUUUGCCCUGCCUUCAGGUGGGCCAAGAGCACAAGCACACAUAUCUACCCUUGGAGGUGUGCAACAUUGUCGCCGGACAGAGAUGCAUUAAGAAAUUAACCGAUAUGCAAACAUCGACCAUGAUCAAGGCCACUGCACGCUCGGCUCCCGAUCGUGAGCGUGAGAUUAAUAAUCUGGUGAAACGUGCCGAUUUCAAUAAUGAUUCGUAUGUCCAGGAGUUUGGUCUAACCAUAUCCAAUUCGAUGAUGGAAGUCCGUGGUCGUGUCUUGCCGCCACCAAAACUUCAAUAUGGGGGACGUGUGUCCACUGGGAUUACGGGUCAGCAAUUGUUCCCACCGCAAAAUAAGGUUAGCCUUGCGUCGCCCAAUCAAGGUGUUUGGGAUAUGCGAGGCAAACAAUUCUUCACUGGCGUCGAGAUACGCAUAUGGGCCAUUGCCUGUUUUGCUCCACAGCGUACAGUGCGCGAGGAUGCGUUGAGAAAUUUUACCCAACAGCUGCAGAAGAUCUCCAAUGAUGCGGGCAUGCCGAUAAUUGGCCAACCAUGCUUCUGUAAAUAUGCCACUGGGCCAGAUCAGGUGGAACCAAUGUUCCGUUACCUGAAGAUAACAUUCCCGGGACUUCAAUUGGUGGUCGUUGUCUUGCCAGGCAAGACUCCCGUCUAUGCUGAGGUGAAACGUGUCGGUGACACUGUCUUGGGCAUGGCCACACAGUGUGUGCAGGCCAAGAAUGUGAAUAAGACGUCACCGCAAACAUUGUCCAAUCUAUGUCUCAAGAUCAAUGUUAAAUUGGGUGGCAUCAAUUCGAUACUGGUACCCUCAAUACGUCCAAAGGUCUUCAAUGAGCCCGUCAUAUUCCUGGGUGCCGAUGUUACACACCCGCCAGCUGGCGACAACAAGAAGCCAUCGAUAGCCGCCGUUGUCGGUUCCAUGGAUGGCCAUCCGUCACGCUAUGCGGCCACCGUACGCGUCCAACAACAUCGCCAGGAGAUUAUCCAAGAGUUGAGCAGCAUGGUGCGUGAGCUUCUCAUUAUGUUCUAUAAAUCCACCGGUGGCUAUAAGCCACAUCGUAUUAUACUCUAUCGCGAUGGCGUAUCCGAAGGACAAUUUCCACACGUUCUGCAGCAUGAAUUGACGGCCAUUCGGGAGGCUUGCAUUAAACUGGAACCCGAUUAUCGUCCCGGCAUCACAUUCAUUGUGGUCCAGAAACGUCAUCACACACGCCUCUUCUGUGCCGAGAAACGGGAGCAGAGUGGCAAAUCGGGCAAUAUCCCAGCAGGCACCACAGUCGAUGUGGGCAUCACCCAUCCAACCGAAUUCGAUUUCUAUUUGUGCAGUCAUCAAGGCAUUCAAGGCACCAGUCGGCCAUCCCACUAUCAUGUCCUCUGGGAUGACAAUCAUUUCGAUUCGGAUGAGCUGCAAUGCCUUACAUAUCAAUUGUGUCACACUUAUGUGCGUUGCACUCGAUCGGUUAGCAUCCCUGCUCCGGCCUACUAUGCCCAUUUGGUGGCUUUCCGUGCCAGAUACCAUCUGGUUGAAAAAGAGCAUGAUUCUGGCGAAGGAUCACAUCAGAGUGGCUGCUCAGAGGAUCGUACACCAGGAGCCAUGGCCAGGGCCAUAACUGUCCACGCUGACACCAAGAAGGUCAUGUACUUUGCCUAAAAAGUAUCACACAAAACGAAAAAAAAACCAAACAACCAAAAGAACAUUUCGAAAUGCGAUUCGAAUAAUCAAACAAACAAUUUUAAUACCAAUCUAAUCCUCUCCUUCCUUCCUCUCAGUCGCCCCCACUCUAAACAACAAGCGGAUUUAAAAGCCAAGCAAUGAAAAUUAGGUGGAAAAACAAAAAUAAAAACCCCCCUCUCCCCCUCGUAA